UUUUCAGAUCUUCUUCAGAGAGGUGUGUGUAGUUCACAAGACACACACACAGAGGAGGGCUGGCUGCUCUUUUCUUUUGUCUGACCUCCUCUGCAAAAAUGCACGCCUCACUUCUAUUUCCUCAAGUUUCCUCACAACCCAUAACACCUUUCGAGCCGUAAAUCUGACAACCCCUUCCAUGUUUGAGGGGAAUUAACGGAUGAUUAUCAUUAGCUCUUCAAAACAUCUCGGAAUGUUCUCUAAAAAACCUCAUGGAGAUGUCAGGAAAUCGACACAGAAAGUGCUGGACCCCAAGAAGGACGUGCUGACAAGAUUGAAACAUCUGAGAAUCGUUAUUGAAAAUGCGGAGCCUGCUGAACUCAAACACCUCUUCGAGCUGAAUUACUCCCACAUCUACUAUGUGUUCUUUGAAAACUUCGUCACCAUCGAGGUUAACCUGAAACAGAAAGGUCACAAAUCGCAAAGAGAAGAGCUUGAUUCUAUCCUUUUUAUUUUUGAGAAAAUCCUACAGCUGUUACCAGAACGAAUACAAGGAAGAUGGCAGUUCCACAGCAUAGGUCUCAUUCUGAAGAAACUGCUACACACUGGAAACUCCCUAAAGAUCCGGAGGGAAGGGGUGCGUCUCUUCCUUCUGUGGAUGCAGGCUCUGCAGCACAACGCUCUGAGAGAGCAGCUCUGGAUCUUCGCCUGUCUAAUCCCAGGAUUCCCUGCACCACAGUCUGAGCUAGGCCCUCGAACACUGGAUAAUCUGAUCAGCCCUCCUCUUAACCUUCAGGAGCGUGAAGCUCAAGUGACCCCGGAGGAGAUCAGUCCCCUGGUGCCGCCCCAAUCAGGAGACAAAUCCCAGGAAGAUCUAACUGGCUACUUCCUGGAGGCUCUACUAAAAUACAUGGUAAACCAGGCCAAAAGCCUAGAAUGGAAGUGCAAGGAGAACCACGAGAAGGGGUUUGCCUUCUUGUUCGCCAAUUUCAAAAAGUAUUACCUGCCCCAUAUCUUCCCCAACUUCUCCAAGGAGACCAGUUUGUACAGUCCAAUUCUGGAGGUUCCACCCAUGAGACCAAAGCCUUACUACACAGUUGUAAAAAGAGACCCAGAGACCAAUGAAGCCCUGUACUGCACUAAAGAGAACUUCCUCAAUGCCAGAGUCAUAUUUAUCCGCUGGCUGGUCUCCUUCUGGCUUGAGCCGCGGUCAAACACAGGAACACACAUCCCUGGCAUGGAAGGAGAAAACGUGCCAAAGAACAUCCAGAGAGCGGCGGCAGGCAUGGCUGCCCGUGGGGAGGAUGGUGGCCCCAGACAAGAUGGUCUGGAUGGGGGUGGAACUGGCGAUCCGGAGCAGUCUCACUCCAACACCAGCACCCUGACAGAAAGAGAGCCCAGCUCCUCCAGCCUCUGCAGCAUGGACGAAGAACACCUCACUGACAUUGAGGUGGUGCGCCGGGUCCUGUGCUCCUCUAGAACCAAUGUCAACUUUAUCACUGAAAUCUUUCGACAGGCGUUUCUGCUGCCCAUGUGUGAGGCCGCAGCCAUGCGUAAGGUGGUGCGAGUGUAUCAAGAGUGGAUCUCUCUGCAGGAUAAGCCUGUGUUUAUGAGAGAGCCAGAGGAAGACCGAUUCACAGGCCAGCUGGACUCCACCCACGAGCAGAGAACUGAUAAAGAGGAGGAGGAUAUUGGGCUCACGGUGUCCGUUCACAAUCGAAACCCUAAUUGGUGUAGUAGGAAUUCUGGGAGUAAAUCCUCUGAUUCUGAGGAAUUGGAGUAUAAUGUCCAUGCUGGUGUCCAGGCCACACUACAGGUUUUCAUCACCAACUCCUCCAACGUCUUCCUUCUGGAGGCAGCCAAUGAGCUGAAGUCACUUCUGGAAGAGCAGGUCGACAUGUGCAAGCGUGUGCUCAAUAUAUACCGCAGUCUGGUCAUGCAUGAAACCAUGAACCAGAAGACCUGGGAGCAGAUCUUGCUGGUGUUGCUGAGGGUAACUGAGUGUGUGAUGAAGAGGCCUCCAUCUAUUAUGCCUCAUGGGAAGAAGAGUAACACUUUAUCGGGCCGUUUGGCUGGGGCCGUUUUUCAGACUCUGAUCGUGGCCUGGAUCAAAGGGAAUCUGAAUGUGUACAUCUCUCGGGAGCUGUGGGACGACCUGCUGUCUGUACUCUCAUCUCUCACCUGCUGGGAGGAGCUGGUCACUGAGUGGUCCCUCACCAUGGAGACACUUACCAAGGUACUAGCACGCAACCUUUACAGCCUGGACCUGAACGAGCUGCCCCUGGACAAGCUCAGUGAGCAGAAACAGAAAAAACACAAAGGCAAAGGAGGUGCCCAUGAGUGCCAGAAAAUCACUGUGGAUAGGUCGUUCUCCAAAGGCUGGAGUAGAGACCCACCAGGCCAAGUUGCUGUUAUGAGACAGCGCAGCGCUACUACUGCGGGCUCACCAGGCAUCGAGAAGGCCAGAAGCAUCGUCAGACAGAAGACAGUGGACCUGGAGGAACCUCCCAUUGUCCAGCGCGGGUCACGGAUCCGCCACUGCUCUCAAAGUGAGGAGACCCCAUCAUCCGAGGUGUUUCCCGCUUCCGGUGAGCUGGAGCAGCCUCCGCUCCCCCGCAGCAGCAGCGCCUCUGACAUCAUGGAGCCCUUCAUCGCAGAACGGGUCAAAGGUGCACUUCCUGUCUCUGACAGUCCCUCUCUCUCCUCUCCCUUUACCACCAUCACCACUGAGUCCCCCCACAGUUCCCCCGUCCCACACCAGCUUACUGACCCACACCAACCCCCCGACAGCCAGGCAUCCCUGGAGGUGGGCGAAAGCAUCUAUGACCAUCUCUGCCAGAUGCCAGGGCAGCAACCCCCCUUUAUCCCUGAUUGGUCCUGUCCAGCAGCGACCUCGACCAAUCAGAUCGAGGGAGAAGGGGAGGAGGACGUCUUCAGCGCUUUUGGAGAGAUUUGUAGCAAAGAGGACAAAGUGGAAGCAGGUGUAGAUAACAGGCAGAUGCAGUUUUGGGGCAGUGGAGAUUGGGCGCUAGAAUGGGAUAAAGAGAUGGAGCAGAGUGAGAAAAGUUUUUACGAGUGUUUAGAAGAAUGUGAUUGGGAUUUAAGUGUUAGUACGCAGCCAACAGAGGGCAGCAAAGUCACACAGUUACACCGGCAGAAUGCCACUGACAGGGCUAGCGAGAGUGAGCUUAGUCCGCAGGCUUCCCAGGUUGUACCGAGGCCCAAGCUAUCCCAUCCUGACCCCAAAAAACACCACAGCGGUGGUGUCCACGUCAGCUUCCGCCCAUCCACAGAGUCUGUGCAGUUCCACAACCCUCUGGACCCCAAAGAGGCACCUUGGAAGACCCGUCUCCGCCGUCUCGGCCACUUCAGCAGCCACUCUGUUGGGGCAAGCGGGGCAGCGGCGAAGGGUGUGGGGGAGGGGGUCACCUGUUGCGAGGCGGUCGAGCGGGAUAGAGGCUCAAUCAGCGGGGCUAGACGCGGCCGACUCGGCCGCCCGACUCUCCGCCCACGGGGGUCCCGUUCUAGGUCUCAGGAGUCAGGGUGCAGCCCAUCACGGCAGCAGCAGGCGGCGCUGUUGGGCGGGGUGUAUAAGUCUAUGGUCCACGCUCUCUCCAAACCCAAGGCCCAGGCGGCGUCGCCCCAGCGCCACAGCAAAGCGCCUCCCUCUGAGGCCCACCUGAAGGACCUGUACACUCACGUUAUGGGCUAUUUUGGAAGAAAAACAUCAGCCAAUAAAGAUGAGCUGACACCGAAGAUGAGGCCCAUGUCCAACGAUGCUGGCAGCAGCAACCCUAAUGUCAGUGACCUCAUGGACGAGUUCAUCCAGGAGAGACUGAGGGCCAGAAGCACUUCUGGUAUGACAAGGCGUGGAAGUAGCCCAGGAAGUCUGGAGAUCCCCAAAGAUCUACCAGAGCUCCUGAACCGUCAGAACGCCACGCGUCCUGCAGACGACCCCGGUGUGCCCUCUGAGUGGACCUCCCCAGCCAGUGCCAGUGGAAGUGACCUCAUAAGCUCCGACAGCCAAUCAGAUUCCUUCAAUGCUUUUCAGUAUGACAGCAAAUUUUGAAAUAUUGGCUUCCCCCCUGAAACGUCUGCUAUGGCUUAUGUGGAUCAGGAUGGUUUGGGAGGAGCAGGUCAGACCGCAGAGGAACAGGAGCUUUCCAGUCUCACAACACUCCACAUAGACUCAGAGACCAGCAGCCUCAGUCAGCACGGCCUGUCAGCUGACACUGUCACCAUUACUGGUUCUGAGAGUGCGUCUCCAAUGCACUCUCUGGGAGGCUCACGAUCACAGACGCCAUCCCCCGCCACGCUGACUGCUGAACACGUCCAGCAUAAAGAUCUACAGCUGGAUGAGAAAAUGCACCACUCUGUGCUGCAGACCCCUGAUGACCUUGAAACCAGUGAGUUUCCGACAGAGGACUGUAGUGUGAUGGCUGGCGGCACUCUGUCCGGCUGGCAUGCAGAUGUCGCCACAGUGAUGUGGAGGAGAAUGCUAGGAAUUCUGGGAGAUGUCAACUCCAUCAAGGACCCUGAGAUCCACGCACAGGUCUUUGACUACCUCUGUGAACUCUGGCAGAACCUGGCCAAGAUCCGAGACAAUCUCGGGAUCUCUCUUGACAACCAGUCGUCUCCACCUCCGCCAGAUCUGAUUCCACCUCUGCGGAUUCUGACUCCCUGGCUUUUCAAAGCCACUAUGUUGGGCGAACGCUAUAAGCAGGGGAAACUCCAUGCCUAUAAGCUCAUCUGUAAGAUAAUGAAGAGAAGACAGGAUGUUUCACCUAACUCUGACUUCCUUACGCACUUCUACAACAUCAUGCACUGCGGCUUGCUUCACCAAGACCAGGACAUUGUGAACACCAUCAUUAAGCACUGCUCUCCACGUUUCUUCUCUAUUGGACUUCCCGGUGCCACUAUGCUCAUUCUGGACUUCAUCGUGGCAGCGAGUCGUGUAACUGCCUGCUCGUCCCUCAAUGCUCCACGGGUGGAGGCUCAGAUCUUGUUGGGUUCCCUGGUGUGCCUCCCAAACUUGUACAAUGAACUUCCUGCCCUGCACCCCACAACUGCUGAAAUCCUCAUGACGAAAUUCACAGAUGUCAAGGAGCAUAUAAUCAAGCACAUCCUGACCUCUGCCAGAGAUGAGCCUUCUGCACCAGCAAGGUGUGUGGCUCUCUGUAGUCUGGGUAUUUGGCUCUGUGAAGAACUGGUUCAUGGCACUCAGCAUCCGCAGAUCAAAGAAGCUCUUAAUGUCAUCUGUGUCACUCUCAAGUUCUCAAAUAAAACCGUUGCUCUGGUGGCCUCAGACAUUUUGCACCUGCUAAUCAAUUAUGUGGACGAACUCCAGAAAUUCCCGCCUGACACUCCAAAGAAAAUAGUGGAGGUCCUUAUUGCAACCAUCACUUACCUUCUUCCAGCCACAGAGUCCUCCCCUCAUGAGCUGGACAAGAGGCUGGUCGUGUCUCUGCUGCUAUGCUUGCUGGACUGGGUGAUGGCUCUACCUCCAACAACUCUCCUGCAGCCGGUCCAAGGAUCCUCAGACAAGGAAAAAACUGACAAGUCCAUCCUCAGCUGCAUCUAUAAAGUCCUCCAUGGCUGUGUAUAUGGGGCUCAGAGCUUCAGUAACCCCAGUUACUUCCCCAUUCCCCUGUCAGACUUGAGCAGCCCAGACUACGACCCCUUCCUGCUACUGGAGAACCUGAAGGAGCCAGAGCCACUUCAUUCACCCGACUCUGAACGCUCCUCUAAACUGCAGCCCAUCACUGAAGUGAGGAGUCGUAUUCAGCAAGGCCUGAUUUCAAUUGCGGCACGCACCGUCAUAUCCCACCUGGUCAACCACCUGGGUCACUAUCCGAUGAGUGGUGGUCCAGCCACUCUGACCAGCCAGGUAUGCGAGAACCAGGAUAACCCGUACAGCGAGAGCACAGACCUGACCCCUGAACUCUUCGACGCACCCAACUUGCAGUUCUUUGUGCUCAAUGGCACCACCCUGCUGUCCUAUCUACAGAUCCGGGCAGAGGACGGCCUGCCCGGUGGCGGGAUGUCAGCUGGCCUCACCACCACCAGUGCCUGUGUUCGAGUGAUCGUGAGGGACAUUUCCGGAAAACACUCCUGGGACUCUGCUGUACUGUAUGGCCCACCUCAUUGCAUCACUCCUAGUCAAACUUUGCACCUCUACUCGUCAUCCAAUCAAGCAGGGGGCGAUAGAGAACGUGGCCAAGAUGAGGACAGUCUAGAAAGAAGCAAUCAAGAAGAACCAGAUGAUGGUACUUUUCAGGAGAACGAGGAGGACCUGGAUGAGCACGUGGAGGAUGUGAAAGAAGAUCGGGAGGAGGAAGAACUUGAGGAAGAGGAUGAGGAGGAAGAGGCAGGACUGGAACUGAUGGCCCCACAGGCCAAACGGCAGUGCAGAGAGGUGAUCCCAAGCUGGGACUCCCUGCAGGAUGGAGAGGACUCCCUGGAUGAAAUGUUGCAGUACCUGGGAUACUCCAGCCCAGAGUGCCUGCAACGUACUGGCGCACUGCUCAACAUUCCAGCUCCGCCGCCCACCUGCGUGUCCGAGAAGCAGGAGAAUGAAGUCAUUAAUGCCAUCCUGAAGCAGUGUGCCGAAGAGCGGGACUUUACGCUGCAUCGUGGGAAUGACCUGAACAUGAGGGCCGUAGUACAGCAAGAGCCAAGCCCACAGAGACCACAGUCAGCCUUUUACUACUGCAAACUGCUCCUCAACAUACUAGGCAUGAACUCCUGGGAGAAGAGGAACAGUUUCCACCUGCUGAAGAAGAACGAAAAACUACUGAGAGAGCUGAAGAAUCUGGAUUCAAGGCAGUGUCGUGAAACACACAAGAUUGCUGUGUUUUACGUGGCAGAGGGGCAGGAAGACAAGCACUCAAUUCUGUCCAACACUGCCGGGAGUCAGGCCUAUGAGGACUUUGUGUCAGGCCUGGGCUGGGAGGUGAACUUAACGAGUCAUUGUGGUUUCAUGGGCGGCCUGCAGAGGAACAAGAGCACGGGUUUGACCAUGCCUUACUUUGCCACCUCUACAGUCGAAGUGAUGUUUCACGUUUCCACACGCAUGCCUCCGGACUCAGACGACUCGCUCACUAAAAAGCUGAGACACUUGGGUAACGAUGAAGUGCACAUCGUUUGGUCCGAGCACUCGCGGGACUACCGGAGAGGCAUCAUUCCUACUGAGUUUGGAGACGUGCUCAUCAUCAUCUACCCCAUGAAGAACCACAUGUACAGCAUCCAGAUCAUCAAAAAACCAGAGGUGCCGUUCUUUGGUCCCUUAUUUGAUGGAGCAAUAGUGGAUGGAAAUAUCUUACCCACAGUGGUGCGAGCCACAGCCAUCAACGCCAGCAGAGCUCUGAAAUCCCUCAUCCCUCUUUACCAAAAUUUCUAUGAAGAGAGAGCGAGAUAUCUGGAGACGAUAGUCCAGCACCACUUGGAACCGACAACGUUUGAGGACUACGCGGCUCGAGUUUUCUGCCCUGCACCUUUCCACCAUCUUCCCUCUGAAGCAGGCUCAUGCAUCGAGAGUCAGCUGGCCGAAAGUCCAGCAAUACAGGUAGACGGGAGCGACUUAGCCUCGCCAAUGUCACCUCGUGCUAGCAAGAGCCGGAUGUCGAUGAAGCUUCGCCGUUCCUCGGGCUCCGCCAACAAGACUUGACCUGAGUGAGCAAACACGCACACUUCACUCCGGAACUCCGCCCACUGCACUGUUAGAGACAAACCAUGCCCUCUUGUCUGCAGUAACUACGCCCCCGAUGCUGUCUGACUCCUCCCAUUCAGAGCCAGAGUGAUCAAAGAUGACUGAAAUGUUUAUUUUUGUCAAUCGCUGAUGGGUAUUGCGUUGCGUUUUACUUCAAUAACUUCCACUGCUGUUGUCCUGGCCGGUGCCACUGAAGCUGCCCACUACUCAGAGUGCCAGUGGUCAUAAAAAAAAAAAAUCAUAUUAAAAAGUUUUUUUUUUUGAUUGCCAUUGUAUCAACCACAACUUUUUAUAUAUGUACAGAAGACGCGACAAAUUGAUGGCGAGAAAAGUGUUCGAAAACAUGUUUGUUGAGCAGAUUUGCGUUUAAACUGAAGCACUUUUUGCUGUUACGCAUUUCAGUUUGUUUUCACUCCUAGUGUGGAACAUGUUUUUAUAUAACAUUGGCACUCACAUUUGUUUAUUUGCUAGUUUUCUUUAUGGAUCAAGGUUUAUUGCAAUUUGUAUAUUCCGUUUUCUCUUCAUUAGAAUGAUACUGAUUUUUUCUUUCAUGAUAAUGUUAUACUGCCCCUUUGUCAUUUGUAACGGUUAUUUGUGCGUGUAUAUAUCUAUAAAUAUAAAAUAUAUACAUAUUUAAUGUAUGUGUAUAGUGUAUGAACAGUAUCUGAUCUGUGUACAUAUUUAACAGUAUUUAAAUCAACCAAAAAAAAAAAAAAGUCAAAAGGCCACAUAGAACAAGUCAAAAAACAAGUCUUCAGCUUGAUUUUCUGUCUGUAUGGCUAGAUUUUUCAUCGUUUUGUUUUGUUGCACAGCAGCCUUAGAGACGAGCCCAUGCAGGUUUAUCAGCAUUAAUCAUUUGACUGCAACACUUUUUUUGAUUCAUCUUAUCUUAGAUGGGAUUUUUAAGGAAAGUGUGAAUGAGUUGCCACAUUAACAGGUCUAGGAGGGGACAUCGAAGUUGCCAAAUUGAACCGAAUUACCCGCUUCAGGACUAGUUCAGCUGUGGAUGGCAUGUUUUGAAAAAAGUUCUUUGGUCUCCCCUUUUCUGGUUAAUUUUGAACGUUUAAGGGAUAUAAGGGUAUGUGGCCCUGUAGAUGACGGAUGCAAGCUAUAACCAUUACCAUGUUUAAGAUAAAAUCCAGUUUGUAUAUUUUCUUGAAAGCUAUGCGAGACUUCAUGAGGGUCAGAUUUUAUUAUUUUAAUUUUUAAAUCAUUUAGAAAUUUAUCAGAAAAAAAUAUAUAUGUGGAGUUGAAAUCAUGCAGCACCCUUCUGGAUGUGUAUUAAAGGCCUGCACACAAGCAACUGAGAACUGUGCGUGAUUUAAAGAGGGGAAAAAAACAUCCUCAUGGAUAGAUUUUGUGUAUGUUACUACUGACCAAAUGCUGCAUGAUUCCAGUACUAACUGCAUGUGUUGAGAUAACAGCUGCACAACACACAAGCACAUGCACAGACCCACAAUACUGUCAUAUGCUAGUAUCUCUAUCUAUACAUAUGUAUCGGAUGUCGAAGGAGAGUGGAUGGUCAACUACACUUAAGAAUAAAAGUAUUCUUACAACAUA